AUGACGGUAGUCAAUGUUUUGUCAAUUAGUCAAUUGCGUAGAAUACUUACUCAAAAUCGCCGAACUCAAGAAUUAGAUGAGCUUAAAAAACUUUAUGAAUCAACUUCUACAACCUUUUUGUUAGGCCAUCCUGAAAACGAGUCAGAUGCUCUUUUAAUUGAUGAUGAAAGCAAUUGCGAAAAAGUUGAAGAUAAUGAAGAUGUUAUAUCAUUAUGGUUAUCGACAACAAAUGAAGAUGACUCUGAAGAUAAUCUAAUAGAUUUGGAAUUGGCUAAUAUAAAUGAAUUGCUAGAAAAUCAAGAACAUCCUGUAAAAAAUUGCAAGGCCAAAUAG